AUGCUGGUCAUCCUGACCGUAAUGCCCGACUGCCGCUCAAACAUGCCGCAUGACAUGCUGAGCGUCUUCAGCAUUCAAUUCGCAGUCGUUUUGGUCCUACUUUUCGUCAAUACGAUCGCGCUAUCGUACACGUUAGCGGCCGAGAACAGCGUUUUCAUCAACGAUUCCAUUACGGACUCGCCGGGCUACGUGUUCAUCUUUUGCAUGACCGCCAUCGCAACGCUACAACUUUAUUUGUCAUGUCGGCGAAUCAUGGAAUAUGCUUUCCCUUUGGUUGCGUAAGCAAUUACAAUUUUUGACCAUGGCUAAUAUUAUGUUUAGGCAAAAAAUCCCAAUUCGAACCAUUUGUUUCUUCGUCAUGCUGUGCGCAUUUCUACUCUCGGCCAAGCGUUUUGUCAACAUUGUGUUUUAUAAGCGGUAAGGAAAAAAUUUUCAGUCUUGAAACCCUCUUUUUCAAACUAAAAGACAAUACUUUAUGCGCUUUAUUUACAGUGGGGGACCUGAUCCAGUGGCAAAAAACGUACCAUUUUACAUCCGGAAAGUAUCAAAAGUGUGGCAAAAUGCUUCCCCCUCCAAGUGAAAAAGCUUCUUUUUUACCACAAAAAAGCGGGCGCGCUUUUGAAAUCUGAGUUUUUUCACUUGGAGAGGGAGGUAUUUUGCCACAUUUUUGAUACUUCCUGGAUGCAAAAUGGUACGUUUUUUGCCACUGCACGUCAAACUGAGCUAAGCUAAGACAGUCCGGUGAAGGGAUUGGCAAUUUGCCAAAAAAAGACGCGAAAAAACGUUUUGUCGCGGAAGAAAUGGGGGAACUUUCGGGGCGAGAGAGUACGUUUUUGCGUGUCUUUUUUCUCUCUUUCUCUGCGAAAUCAAGACGAAGUGUAAAAAACCGAUAGCGAAGAGUAUAUUCCGGUCACCGGACUCCUCAGUUUGACGUGCACUGGAUCAGGUCUCCCACUGUAAAUCUAGCGUACAACGUAUAGUCUUUUAGUUUGAAAAAGAGGAUUUCAACACAAGAACUUUUAAUUUCAAUCCCGUUUAGAACCCUCAACUACAAGAUCGAAGGUCUCCGUUGGAUGUACAACCAGCCCAGCAGUGAAGAGAACUUCUCGCUGGCGGCGGCCAUCGGAUUCUCCGUCUUCUUCCUGGUAAUUUUAUACGUGGUUGGGGCUUUCAUGAUCGUGAGCCGCUUCUUCGACAAGCAUACGAACAAUGCCGAGAAGAAGGAUCUGCGCGGCGAUCUGAUCUGGAUAUCAGCUUGUCUGGUUAUGGACCUUCUUUUCGCCCUUCUAAUAUUAUACUCGCAUUUUGCCGCCGUCCCAUCCAAAUUUUUACAUUUGCCGAUUACCCCGCAGUUCUACGCUGGAUGGAUUCAGAGCUAUUUGUUGCCGAUUUGGCCAGUAGUCAGCACCUUCAUCGGCGAGGACUCGCUAAGACAGGUAAGGGGAUAUUUGACCGCUAUAAUUAUAUUACACUUGAUAGUAAACUACGAUGAUACAGUGGCGGGCCUGAUCCAGUGGCAAAAAAGGUACCAUCUUGCAUUUGGGAAGUACCAAAAACGCAGCAAAAUACCUCCCUCUCCAAGUGAAAAACUCCAAUUUCAAAAGUGCGCCAGCUCUUUUUAUGACGCGCUCUUCAUAAUGGAGUUUUUACAGUUGGAGAUUGAGGUAUUUGGCAGCGUUUUUGAUACUUCCCGGAUGCAAAAUGGUACGUUUUUUGCCACUAGAUCAGAUCCCCCACUGUAUCAUAAUAGUUUACUAUCAAGUGUAAUAUAAUUAUAACUCAAAACCCUUCGAUCAUCAUAGACGGUUGAAAUUGCAAUUUUCUCACCCAAACCCUUAGGCAAUAACAUUCACAUCAUCUUUUCCGAAGUUAGAAAGUAAUCCGACACUCGCGAAAACAUUCUCCACAUGCACCUAUACUAAACCCAAGACCUAUCCAAUUUCAGGCGCUUCGCUUUCGAACCGGCAUCUUCAUGUCUGGCGAGCCGCCGCUCAGUCCGAGCAUGCCGCGAAGAAGUUUGGUCCGCGAAAGCCGGCAGUUCAGCACCAUCCCCGUCUUCAUGAAGCACUCGCUGGAGAAAAGGGACUCCGAGAUGAGGGAUUCCGCCUAA